AUGGACUCCGGGGUGUGGCCGGAACGACGUAGUUUCAAUGACGAGGGCAUGAGGCCAAUCCCGUCCAGGUGGAAAGGCAAGUGCGACGGAGGGGAGUCCUUCCCCGACACACUUUGCAACAAGAAGCUCAUCGGAGCGAGAUUCUUCGACGGCGGCCAUGAGGCGCGUUUCGGCAAACAGCACACGGGGAAGCAGACGGCGAGAGACGCUUUCGGUCAUGGCACCCACACAGCCUCGCUCGCCGCCGGACGACGAGUUGAGAACGCCUCUUUUCUCGGCUAUGCUUACGGCGCCUCCUCCGGCAUCGUGCCGAAGGCAAGGCUCGCCAUCUACAAGAUCUGCUGCGAUGAUCAGGAAGGCUGCUACGAUUCCGACAUUUUAGCCUGCAUAGACGCCGCCGUUGACGACGGCAUCGACGGGAUAUCGAUCUCUCUCGGUCUGCCCUUUCCAGUCCCACUCCCAUACGAUAUCGACCCGAUUGCGAUCGGUGCAUUUGGGGUUAUUCGAAAAGGUGUCGUGUUCUCAGCCGCGGCUGGGAAUUCUGGCACGUACAAGAAACCGGUUUCCAACGCCGCACCAUGGAUAACAACAGUCGGUGCAAGCACACUCGAUAGGACGUUCCCGGCGGAUAUAGUGCUCGGAGAUGGACGCGUCAUCACCGGAUCGUCGCUCUACGACGGUAAACACUUCUCCGCGGGUGAGUACUUUCCGUUGAUUUACGCGGGAAAUGCAACCAAGCACGGUUCGAUGGGUACUUGCCUGCCGGAGACUCUCGAUCCCGAGCUCGUGAAGGAAAUGUAUCAAGGUUCCCACAAAGGAAUUGUGGUGAAAGAGGCUGGUGGAGUUGGAGUUAUUACGACCAACGUGGCAUCACGAGGAGAGGCUUUAACGGCCAAGCCUAUCUUACACCCGGGAUUUCCAUAA